GUGGUGCGCGGGUGGCCUAGCUUGACGGCAGCGGGUGGGACUAGAGGGCGCGACGACGCAGCGGCGAAGAGAGCUCGCAGCGGCCAGCGUGCCCCCGGCGAGCGGGCCCACUGCCACCAGUCCUGCAGAGGCCGAUGGGGCGCUAGGCCGAGCCCCGCACUUGCCAGACCUGCGAGCGUAGCGGCGGCGGCUGCAGCGGCGGCGGCAGCAUGGCGACCGAGGAGGUGCUGGAGGUGCUGCGGGGGCGCACGCGGACCAGCAACGCCCUCCCCGCGCCCAAGCAGGUCAAGGUCUUCAUCUGCUGCGACAAGGCCGAGUUCGCCGAGGAGCGUCGCAUGCUGCUGGAGCAGGUGGGGCCCGACCUGCAGACGCAGUACGACAACUCUGGUUUCGAGAUCGAGUUGGUGGACAUGCACUACGGCUCGGCGGACACGUGCGACCCGCUCCUCGACCCGCACAUGUUCGACGACCACCUGGAGGACAUCCGUGACAGCCACGCCGUCAACCAGCUCUGCUUCCUGCUGGUGCUGGUCGGCGACGAGGCACGCCCCGCUCCGCCGCCAGUGCUUCUGGACCAGCAGCUGUACCGCGAGCUGGAGGCCGCCGCCGAGGAGCAGCAGCCCGCCAGCCGCGCGGACACGGCCGAGUUCCAGCGCUUCAUGGCCGUGCUGCGGACCGGCGCCGAGCGCCUGGCGGCGGGGAAGGCGUCCUCCGAGGCCGUCCGGGAGCAAGCGGCCAUCCUGCUGCAGUCGGGGCUGCUCCGACAGUUGCUGUUCGCCCUAAGCCUGGACCCCGCCGCCAGCAAGGGCAUCAUGAGCAUCAGCCGGCAGAGCGUGGUGGGGGCCUCGGCGCAGCCGCUGUGCCAGGCGCUGGCAGACCAACUGCCCCAGGAGAACAGGGGCAGCGUCAAGCCCCCAGCGUCCGGCAACCACGACGACGAGGCCUACUCGGACAGCUUCCAGCUGCAGGCGCGCCUCGUGGUGGGCGGCGGCAUGCGCAGGGCCAUCAGUGCGCGCGUCGAGCCCAGCGUCAAGAACAAGUCCGUCAUGCAGCGCCUGCAGGCGCAACAUGUGUCCAAGGAGCGCCACGCCCCGCUGCUGGUGGUGGGGCCGACGGGGGCGGGCAAGAGCACGCUGCUCAGCGCCGUGUACCGCCAGGCCGAGGACUGGCUGGGCGCGCCGCUCAACCGCAUCGUGCGCCUUUGCGGUGCCACGCCCCGCGCCUCCUACUCCCUGGAGCUGGUGCGCUUGUUGUGCCAGCAGUUCGCCGUGCUCACCAAGCAGUCCAUCAUCACGAAGGACGCCUCUCUGGAGCAGCCCUACGUGCAGGCGUGGUUCGAGCGACUCUCCAAACGCAUCGAGGAGAGCGGCGAGACGAUGCUGGUGCUGCUGGACGACCUGCCACGCAUCAACCCGCUGGACCAGGAGCAAGGCCCCGCCGCGCUGUCCUGGCUGCCGAUGCAGCUGCCGCGCAACAUCCUGCUCGUGGCCACCAGCACGGCGGGCCCGGACACGCUGCGUCUCACCGCCACGCAGAAGGAACGCCUCCGCGCCGCGGACUGCGUCAUCAGGCUGGCCGCCGCGCAGGAACCGAGCCUGGAGCAGCAGGUGGAGCAGGAGCUGACGCGGAUGGAGAAGGCCUGGGGGCGCGUGGCGGUGGGCCGCCUGGCGGGGUACCUGGCCUGCACGGAGUACGGCCUAAGCGAGACGGAGCUGCUGGAGCUACUCAUGCCCACGGCGCAGUCCUCGCCCGCGCCGCUCCUGCUCGAGCACGGCCACUUCAACUUUUCCACCUUCUGCAGGGUGCGUCGCAGCCUAGGUUCGCUGAUCCAGUCCAAGGUGAUGUCCGGCAAGGUGCUGCUCACCUGGCGCCACCACGCGAUACGCCAGUGGUGCAAGAAGCGCUACCUCGGCGACCGCGACGCCCUGCCGUCGGCCCACGCCGCCAUCGCCAGCCUCUUCUUCAGCGAGUUCAUCGCGGAGGGCGACAUCGCCGACCUGGCGCAGGGCGACGAGGCCCUCUUGCCACUGGCUAGCCGGCGAAGCAGCACGCCCCAGGCCGCCCAGGAGGACCCGCUGGACCGGGAGAUCAUCAAAGAGGAAGAGGAGGAAGAGGAGGAUGACUUCUCCGGGAACCUGAUCCGGGAGGAGGAGGAGGACGACGAGGCCGUGCAGCAGAAGAAGAGCGACGACGAGGACAGCGCCAGCGACCAGGACAGCCAAGACGCGCCGUGCGACGUGUCGUACAGCCCGCGGCACGUCGAGGAGGCCUGGCUGCACCUCCUCGGCGCGGGCGACCACGUGCACCUGCUGCGCCACACCGUCUGCAGCUUCGACUUCCUGCUGGCCGCCGUGCAGACCGUGUCCGUGGGCUACCUGCGCUGCGUCCUGGAGCACGCGCGCUGCUUCCUGCUGGACCGCGCGCUCGAGCUCGUCUACUACACCCUGCGCAAGGCCGGCGACGUCCUGGUGCGCGACCCCCUGCAGCUCGCCGCGCAGCUCGUGUGCUGGCUGCGUCCCGCUCAGGAGCAGCCCAAGGACCGCGACUCGCUGCCGCAGCCGCUGCCCGACCUAGUGUCCCGCCUGCUGUCCGCGUCCAUGGCGUGGUGCGACGGCUUCCACGGGCCCCUACUCGUGCCCCUCACCGGGUGGCUGCAGGCGCCGCUGCCGCUGCAGAUCAGGAGCAUGGUGUGCACCCACAGCGUGCGCCUGGUGGAGCCCACGCCGUGCGGCCAGCACGUCAUCGUGGUCCCCAACGGCGUGCCCAUCGACCCCCAGAUGUGGCACAUCAUGAGCAACGCCCUCGUCACCACGUUCAAGGGUCACAGCGCCCCCGUCACCUGCAUGCACACCACGCCGACGCAGCUCAUCACGGGCUCCGUGGACCUCCACGUCAUCGUCUGGAGCCUCAAGACGUACGAGAUCCUCACCAAGAUCCACGAGCACAUCGCGGCCGUCCUCUGCAUCACGCCCGCGCUGGGCGGCUCCGUGGUGGUGUCGGGCGGCGAGGACUCGAGCAUCGUCGUGGCCAACAUGACGACGGGCCGACGGGUGAUGAAGGUGGACCACCACCGCGGCCCCGUCACCGCCCUCAAGAUCAACGCCUUCGGCGACGUGCUCGUGUCCGGCUCGACGGACCAGACGGUGUGCCUGUGGGCGCUGGACUCCUGCCAGCUGCUCAACACCAUUAACGUGGCCACCGGCGUGUCGCUGAUCGGGCUCUCGCCCGACUCCGUGUUCCUGCUGAUCGUGCUGGACAACAACCAGCUCGUGCUGCACUCCACCGCCACGGGCACCGAGAUCCACGCCCUCCGCGGCCACCGCGCCAAGGCGCGGUCGCUGUGCCUGGCCGCGGACAACCGGCGGGCCGUUUUGGGCGGCGAGGACGGCAAGGUGUACGUGUUCGACCUGCACUCGGGGUGGCUGGAGCGCACCCUGGACACCCACACCAACGCGGUGACGGGAGUGUGCUGCACGGAGCGCGACGACUUCCUCCUCACCGCGGGGGGCAACGUGGUGACGCUGUGGAGCUUCCGCCGCGACGAGGCGUCCGCGGCCGCGGGCGUGGCCGGGAUGCCCGGCGUGGCCGAGGUGGCCGUGUCGCUGGGCCCCGUGGCGGCGCGCCACGCCAGGAAGAUGUCGCGCAACAGCCAGGUGCACACGGCGCCCAUCACGUGCAUGGAGGUGUGCAGGGACGGCACCACCGCGGUCACCGGCUCGGUGGACAGCCUGGUCAACAUCUGGCUGCUCAACCCCCCCGAGCUGCACGCCACGCUCGAGGGCCACAUCGCCUCCGUGACGGCGGUGUCGUUCGCGCCCAACGGCCUGUUCUGCAUCUCGGGCUCCGAGGACAAGACGGUGCGCGUGUGGGGACUGACGCUGGGCCAGUGCGUGGCCACCUUCAAGGGCCACCAGAACGCCGUGACGUCCGUGUGCGUGCUAGCGGACUCCCGCCGCGUCGUCUCCGGGGACCGCGCGGGGCUGCUCGCCGUGUGGGUGGCUGACGACGCGUCGCUGCUGCAGACUUGCAACGGCCCGGGCUCCAGCCUCGCCGUCACCCACGACAUGAAGUUCGUCGUGUCUGGGGUGGACGACACAAGCCUGCGCAUCUGGUCGCUGACGCGCGAGGACGAGCGCUUCUCCGUGAGCCACUCGCAGGAGGUGACGUGCCUGGCGCUGAGCUCCGACUCGUUGCACCUCAUCACCGGCUCCAGGGACACCUCGCUCAAGGUGUGGCAGCUGGCGGGCGGCAAGCUGGCGCAGGUGCUGGUGGGCCACACGGACGACGUGACGUGCGUGUCCGUGUCCGUCACCAACAAGUCGCUCGUCGUGUCGGGCUCCAAGGACGCCAACCUCAUCUGCUGGGACAUCAACACGGGCAACGACGUGCAGACGCUGAGCGGACACCUGGGCUGCGUCACGUGCGUGCGGGUGUCGGGCGACGGCACGCUCGUCGUGUCGGGGUCCGAGGACAGGACCAUCAUGGUGUGGGACGUGAACAAGGGGACGCCGCUGACCGCCCUGGUGCUGCAUCAGCCUAUCUUGGGGCUGGCCAUGGCGUCGGACGCGUCGCGCAUCGGCGUGCAGCUGCUGGACUCCCGCUCCAUGCUCAUCGUCUUCCUGCACAACACCCCCGCCACCUACGUGACGCUGCCCGCGUACGUCGCGCCCAAGGAGAUGGAAGACCUGCGGCCCCCUCUGCCGAAGCGGGCGGGCCGGCGGCUGCUUAAGAAGGAGGUCUCGCUGGACACCUACACGUGGCAGAAGAAGUACGGCCAGCUGACGUCGUCCAUCAUGAUGGCCGCCGUGGACGAGCGGCUCAAGCGCCGUUUCUCCGUGUCCGCGUCCAUGGAGGAGAUCUCCAAGUGCAAGGCCGCCGCGCCAUCGUCCGGGAUGCCGGGUCCUGAGCAGGCCGCGCUGGCGCAGUCCCAGCAUUUUGAUCAGUUGGAAGCCCUUUGGAACCAGCGCUCACCUCCUCAGCGACGGAAAAACCAGCUCAAGAAACAAACAUCACUUUCAAGUUGUCGGGAUAUCCUAGAUCAAGAUACAGAUAUCACCUAUGAAGAAGGUGAUUGAAGAAACCCAGUCCUUCCUUGAAAACAAGAAAUUUCACAAUUUACGGUGCAAAACAUUACACCGUCCAAUCUAAUAUACCUUCCUAUGUUCGUUAAAGAGAAUAUUAAUGGCCAAAUAAUUUUAACAUUGUUUGGAGUGGAUGCAAUUCCAACCCUUUUUUUGGAACUCCCAUGUCCCUAGCCCUGGGAUAGCAAAUGUGAUAAGACAACUUAUUGAAGACUUGCAGAAAAUAUCACUAUGCUUUGAAACGAUUUUUCUCGUUGGUGAUGCUAUUGGUUGAAUUAUCAAAUUAUACAAAUUGUUGCCUUUAUUGUAUUUUACCUUUUCUGUUUUAUUUUGUUUAACUUUCUUCAGUGGUCUCAGAAAAGAUACAUAGCCAUAAAAUUAGAUUGAAAAUGUUUAUCAUAGAUGUACAUAGCUAUUAUAUGAGUGAUUGCACAAACACUGGAGAGGUAGGUCCUAUAACUAAUUGAACGCCAUUUUUGCCUCUCUGAUAUUAUGUUCAGUUUCGGGUAAUGGCAGUGCCAGUUGUCUAAAUGUACAUAACUUUAAUUUUUCUUGACAAAGUAUUAGUAUAUCUUGAGCCCUUUAUGGUACAACGUAUUUCUCGUGCUGUGGUAACGCUUAAUUCUGAGUUCCAACAAGAACCAGUAUUAUAGAGUUGUCACAGAAAUUAAAGCCCAGUGUGUAAAGGGCACUGAUCACUUUAGCUAGUUAUUUCAAUAUCACUAAAUAGAAACCUAUUUAUGAACUACUGACAUAAAAUUAUUGUUGUUUUACCCUUCUAGAUAUUAGGUCCUUUUCUAUAAUGUUUGUAUAUCUUUGUCCCUCUUAUUUUUAUCUUCUUUCCCUCUUUAAGACUGAUGAGACCAAAGAGAGCCCUUCCUUUUUGGUUUGAUAAUCUUUCCCUAUUUUCCCUAACUCUGUCCUAUUCUCCCCUAUCCUAAUGUAAAUGUACUUAUUUUGUGAUCUGGACAAAUUUUGGCAAUCAUAUUUGUGAUUGAUGUCUCCUUUAAUUUGCAUUGUGCUUAAGAUAUUUAACUGUGUACCUGUGUUCUAUCCCAUUAUAGCUGUGCACAAAUAAAAACGUUGUUUCUUUUGUGUGACUGCACUACAGUUAAAAGUUUAUGUAAAUUUUUAAAAUUAUUUGCUAUUAAUUUCCUGACAUGGUCUGUGAUAGAGUGCCCAAAGUGUAGCAAUAAUUUAAAACAUUACUUACUAACAUUUCAUAGAUCCCUGUUCUAGAAAUGUAAAUCCCUGUGAUGGAUUUGUAUCACUGUUGCCAAUGCUUUUAGAUCUCCCUGUCUCAGAAACUCUUUGUAUCCUGUGUAGGGAAGUCACAAACUCUUUCUUACUUCACCCUUUAAGACUUUCAGUGGAAUGGUAAAUGUAAAUGUAGUAUAACUACUUUCCUCUAGAUGUAAAUAUUCCUAUAUUCUUGUGAGGUAUUUACAGUAGAAAAUGGAUGUCUAGAGUAUUGCAUUUAUGUGAUGUGAAACUGUUUCAAACUUCUUUAUUUGGAAUUUAAUCUGUGUGCUUAAUUUCGUGUGUAGCAAGAAGGAGGAGGAGCUGAUACAAGCUCAGGGCUUCAUCAAACAAAGGAAUCCUCCAUUUCUGUGAUUCGAUAACAUUUCAGUUUUGAGAAUACGUCGGCAAUAAUAAUUAUGUGUAAAACAUUCCUAUGUGUGAGUUUUAACUAUCAGACAAGUUGUAAUGUAUUGUCAUGUAGAUAUUUAGGAGAAUUGACAAUCAAUAAAAAUUGAAAUAUGGCCCUUGA